AUGGCCUAUUUUCAGCCGUACGAGCUCUUUUCAACCGAGGACCCGCUCAAGGCAUGGGAGAUUGGAGACAAGAUCGGCGAGGGCUCGUUCGCCGUCGUCCACAAGGUUCGCAACCGCGAGACGCGUGAAAUUGCUGCCGCCAAGAUCAUCAAGUCUUGCAACACCUCGGCCAUCAAGGAAAUCCAAGCCGAGGUCGAGGUCAUGAUGCGCGGAACGUCACAUCCCAAUAUGGUCACGCUUAACGCCACCUACAACCGCAACGGGAAGAUCUGGAUCAUCAUGGAGUACUGCGGCGGCAACUCGGUGUACGGCAUCUACCAGCGUCUUCGCCGCCCGUUUACCGAGAACAUGAUCAAGUUUGUCAUCCGCGAGUCUCUGCAGGGCCUCGAUCACAUGCACCGCUCCGGCCUCAUCCACCGCGACAUCAAGGGUGCUAACAUCCUCCUCACCCAUCGCGGUGAGGUCAAGCUCGCAGACUUUGGUGUUGCCGCUCAGCUGACUCACUCCCGUCAGCGCAAGUCGACGCUUGUCGGCACCCCCUACUGGAUGGCGCCCGAGGUCGUGUAUGACGGCGCCACCUACGACUCCAAGGCAGACAUCUGGUCGCUCGGUAUCACAUGCAUCGAGAUGGCCGAGCUCAAGCCGCCCAACUCGUCCAUCGACGCCACAACCGCCAUGUACCUCAUCCCCAACCAACCCUCACCCAACUUUGCCAAGCCCUCCCGUUUCUCGCCUGAGUUCCGCGACUUUGUCCGCCGUUGCCUCCACAAGAACCCGGCCAAGCGUCCGUCCGCUGCAGAGCUCCUUGCGCAUCCCUUCCUCGAUGGCGCUGUCAUCGACGAGAUGCAAGCUGCCGUUCAAGAGGUUCGCGGUGCAGGCUCUAAGGGCUCGUGGGCAAAGGCCCAGCGUGAGCUCGAGCAGGCCGCCGCAAAGGCUGCUGCCGUUGUUGCUGCCAAGGCCGCCGCAGAUCUCGCCGCACAGAACGCCGCAGAUUCAGACGCCGCCGCCGCGUCUACUGCUGCAACCACUGCCGCUGCCAUUGCGUCCGAGCCUGCACUCGUUGUGCCGGCCGAGACUCGUGGCCCGGCCGUCUCUGCUGCGAUCUCUGCUCCGUCCAAGGACGAUCUCGCCGCCCAGCUCCGCUCGCAACUCGCCGCCGCCCGCGCCAUGGAGCUUGAUCUCAUGCAGCAACAGCAGCAGUACCAGCAGGCCCAGCUUGAGGCUGCUCGCGCCCGCCGCGCCCGUGCCCAGGCCGACUCGGACGCUCGCCUCGCCGCCCGCGCAUCAGCUGUCUCGUCGCCGUCGGCCGUGUCAUCCGCCGGCCUCCUCCGUGAGCGUAAUGCCUUUUCGCCGCGCGCCGCAUCCUCCGCCUCGCCCAAGCACCACUCGCCUGCAAAGCUCGCUCAUCGCUCCGCAGCCCAUGCUUCCUCAACGCAGCAACACUUUAUCCGAAUGUGACAAAGCUCGUUAUCCCUUUACGGUACGGUCGUUCGGACGCGUUGUCGCGCGUCUCAAAGUGAACAAUUCAAUGAUGCUUGACUUCCAAAUCACC